AGGCGCCUGCCGCUAAAUUCGGCGGAGAUUUUGGUGGUGAUGCUACCUUCGCCUCCUCCACUUUGUUAUUUGCUAAACUACGCCGGACGGCCAUUGUUUUUUGCUCCUUUUUCCCACCCUUGAUUUGACCAAUGUUUACAAGAUUCUGAUGGUUUGAUUUGCUGUUUUGUUUUGGACUGAACUGAGAUUAGCUUGAAUUGUCCAAACUUUUCAUCCUUUUGAGCUUUUUUUUCCUUCAUUUUUGAACUGAUUAUUGUUUGUGUGAGCAAAGAGAAUAUGGGUGAUGGUGAAGAAGGUAACACUGAUGUGAUGCAAAGGAUUCAAUCUUCAUUUGGGACAUCAUCAUCUUCAAUCCCCAAACAACUUUUAUCAAUGAAACACCUUGAAAUACCUCAGUUGAAUCCCAAUCAAACCAGUUCGGCUAGACGCGACGGCGCCGGUGGCCGUGAUGCAACUAGCAAAAGAGCUGGUAUCCCCCCUUCACACCCUAACCAGAUCCCUCCCAUUUCACCUUAUUCUCAGAUCCCCAUGUCCCGCCCUUCGAACCAGCAAAUGGGUUCUCAGGGUUUUAACUCGGGAUCAACUCAUUCCCGGUCUUUGUCUCAGCCUUCUUCGUUCUUUUCACUCGAUUCAUUGCCCCCUUUGAGCCCUUCUCCAUAUCGUGAUUCUUCAUCAAUGGCGGUUUCGGACCAAGUUUCCACCGAUCUGUGGAUGGAUGAAAGGGACGGAGCUUCACAUUCAUUGUUACCACCCUCCCCUUUUUCCAGGGGGAAUUCGCCCCGGGUCGGUGAAAGCUUGCUGCCACGAAAAUCGCAUAGGCGGUCCAAUAGUGAUGUUCCGUUCGGGUUUAAUACGAUCUUGCAAUCUUCGCCGCCUCUUAUUCCGUUAAGGGGAUCAGUUUCGAGUAAAGAGAAUUCGGGAGUGCCUAAGCUGGUGAAGAAGGAAACCUGUUGGGAGAAAGUUGCUGAUGUCAAUGGUGAAGGAAUGGGUGAAAGGAAAUCAGAAGGGGAAUAUGUUGAUGAUUUGUUUUCUGCUUAUAUGAAUUUGGAUAACAUGGAUGCAACGAAUCCUUGUGACGAUAAGAACAAUGAUGGUAACGAGAAUCAUGAAGAUUUGGACAGCAGAGCGAGUGAGUCGAAGACCAAUGGGGUCGAUAUCAGUGAUAACGAAGCUGAGAGCAGUGUGAAUGAAUGUGGGAUUGGUAGACGAGGUGGAAUGAAUUUGACUGAGAAGAGGGAAGGGAACAAAAGAAGUGCAGCAGAGGACAUGGCGUUGACAGGCAGACAUUAUAGAAGUGUUUCGAUGGAUAGUUUUAUCGGCAAGUUAGAAUUUGGCGAUGAAUCUCCAAAAUUACCUCCUCCACCUGGGAAUCGGCCUGGACAACUCUUGCCUAGAAAUUCAAUUGAUGGGAACUCGGUUGCCUUUAGUUUGGAGUUCGGAAAUGGUGAGUUCACCGAGGCUGAAUUGAAGAAGAUUAUGGCAAAUGAGAAGCUUGCUGAGAUUGCAAUGACUGAUCCAAAGCGUGCAAAGAGGAUAUUGGCAAAUCGUCAAUCAGCAGCACGCUCCAAAGAACGGAAGAUGCGAUAUAUUUCGGAGUUGGAGCACAAGGUUCAGACUCUGCAGACCGAAGCUACCAACUUGUCUGCUCAACUAACACUUUUACAGAGGGAUUCUGUUGGACUCACUAAUCAGAACAACGAGUUGAAGUUUCGUAUUCAAGCCAUGGAGCAACAGGCGCAACUCCGUGAUGCUCUAAACGAAGCAUUAACGGCGGAGGUCCAGCGAUUAAAGCAUGCUACUCAACAGCUAGGUGGUGAUUCCAACCCCCCAGAAGGCAUGGUUCCCGAGCAGCUUUCGGUUAAUCAACGAAUGUUUCAGCUUAACAUUUCUCAGCAGCCGCAACAACAGAACGCUAACACGAUCUCAAAAACCGAGUCGAGUCAGUAGCUUUUAUAUAAAAUUGUAUAAUUGUUUUAGAUUAUAAAAUGGUGUGGAGCUUGGCUACUGUCUGCUGGUGGGAAAAGAGUUUGGGAAUUUUCUUUU